UGAUAUAAUCUGUGCCAGGGAGCGGUGAAUGUAUAAAGCAUUUACUGCUAUUCACACUGUUAAACUGCGUUGUGAUCUCUCUCUCGAGCGCGCUCUCGUCGGUCACGUGUGACUUACAGAGAAGGGCAGUGCCUUCUGUCACGCUGCCCUCGCUCGCUCUCAGGAGGAAAACAGCACAUGCUAAGCGCUGCGGAUCUCAAGGGAGCCGUCCAAAAACAACAAGCAUUGGAUCCUCAAGCCAAGCCCCUUUGCGCGGAACCUUCUGUCUCUGCAUACAUUAACAUCCACGUGUACAUAUUACGUAUAUGAUUAGGUAUCUUGCUAUAAAGUAAAUACAACUACUUCAGUGGUUUAUUAGUCACAUGAUUUUAUGUCAUCAGCACUUUAUUUUUAUAUAUUUAAAUUUUUUUUUUUUUUUUGCAUGUGUAUUUUUAUUUAUAAUAACAUUAUAAAACACGCUACUAUGGGAAUAUUCAAUAAUAUUAAUAAUAAUAACAACAACAAUAAUAAUAAAAUACGGAUAAUCGUUAUUAAUCGAUUAAUCACAUUUUAAAUGACGCUUGCUAAAUGUAAGAGCUCAUGCACAUGUUUGCAUGCACGCUGUUAAUUAUUCAGAAAAUGAGUUGCGUUAUUAUUUUCCUCCUCGGCGCACUCGUAGCCUGUGGUCCAGCCAAAGAGAGCUGGAGUAUGUUCAUAAUAAAGACGUCACCCUGUGCUUUGACCGUGCCAACCAAGUGCGCAGCUCUUAACUGUACAACUACAAUCUCGACAUGCUUACGGACGACCGAGGAAUCCUCGCAUCCCUCAACACAAGCAGUCUGGCACCGAUAUCUGCAGCGGCUCGCUAGCCAGGACACCGUUUUUCACUACAGGACGUUUUUGGGCACGCGGACUUCUUUGCUGCGCACUUGAAGCUGAAGCUGAUUCGCGAGAGGGUUUAAAGGAAGGAGCAAUACUCUUAAGUUCCUCGAAAGUUCGAGAAAGCAGUAUUGGAGGGUUAAGAAAUGGUGAAAAGUGUACUACGCACUUAUCCGCACCGUGGUGAUAUGGGCUCGUGAGAGACACGCCCACUUCCAGUGUGAGGAGCCAGCGCGUGUUUUUCCCCGCACAGUGUCACUUGGAUGCGAUUUGCAUAGCCUGUUUUGUUCUGAGGCGGCCAACGCGUUCCUUCUUGUCAUUUUCCAUUAAAUGACUGUUUGGGCGACCCGAAGUGCUAAUCUGAAUUGGAGACCUUUAAAUGUGUAGCCAGGUGAGGCGAUAAUGGAGGAGGUGUCAGGUCCCCGGUCCUGCACUCCAAAGCCCCCCCGCAGUCUGCUGGAAUGGAAGAAGAGGGUCAAGUCUGAGUACAUGAGAUUAAGACAGCUGAAACGCUUCCGCAAAGCUGAGGAGGUCAAGGCUCUUUUCCAGUCGAAUCGCCGCAAGAUUGAAGGAAGAACUGAGCUGCUGAAUGAGGAAUGGUCCAAGCUCCGAAUCCAGUCCAUUCCCCUUUCCACAACCAGUGGCUCUAUGCCCAGUAAAAAGUUGUGCAUGGUAGAGUCUGGCUUUCCGUCUUUCCCGAACCAGGCAGUUGCCAUGCGUCCCUUGACAACUGUUGCUGGGAUACCAUUCAUGUACUCCUGGUCCCCUUUGCAGCAGAACUUCAUGGUGGAAGAUGAGACAUUUCUGCAUAAUAUCCCCUACAUGGGAGACGAGGUGUUGGAACAGGAUGAAGCUUUCCUGGAAGAGCUUAUUGACAAUUAUGACGGGGUGCAUGGAGACAGAGAAGGAGGCUUCAUAAAUGAUGAGAUCUUUAAAGAGCUGGUCGAGGCACUGAGCCAAUACUCAGACCCAGAGGAAGAGGAGGAGGAAGAGCCCUCAGAGAGAACAGAGAAUAAGGAGGAGGAGGAGGAGGAGGCGAAAGUGCUGCAGAAAACUACAGCUGAAGGACCAGAAGAGUCAAAAGUGGACCUCUCUAAGAGGAAGAGAAGGAGCACUGCUGAAGGAAGAGAGCUCUCCGCCAAUAAGAAGAUUCCUCAUGACAAGAUUUUCACAGCUAUUGCGUCUAUGUUUCCAUACAAAGGCACUAUGGAGGAGCUGAAGAACAAGUAUAAGGAUCUCCUGGAGCCAUCCAGCCCUGUGAAGCUGCCUCCUCUCUGCACACCCAACAUGGACGGCCCAUUUGCCAAAUCUGUUCAGAGAGAGCAAAGUCUGCACUCUUUUCACACACUUUUCUGUCGCCGCUGCUUUAAAUACGACUGCUUCUUGCACCCCUUCCAUGCAUCUCCUAAUGUGUAUAAGAGGAAGAAUAAAGAGAUCCGAAUGGAGACAGAGCCCUGUGGACAGAACUGCUUUCUGCUGCAGAAAGGGGCAAAAGAGUUUGCUGAUCAAAACAUGCAGAGGUCUCAAAGGCCCCGGCGUCGACGGCGACAGCCCCGCCCCUCAAGCUCCUGUGGCCUCACCCCCUCAGGCUCCGGUGAGGAGGGAAAAGAAGGAGACAGCGACCAUGAGACCACCAGCUCCUCAGAGAGUAACUCUCUGUGCCCCAGUCCUGCCAAACUGAAUCCAGGGGAGGAAGGAACAGAGGAGUCCGAUUCACCUCCUGAGUGGAGCGCAGCAGAGGAGUCUCUGUUCAGAGUCCUGCAAGGCACAUAUUACAACAACUUCUGCUCUAUUGCACGACUCAUUGGUACCAAGACAUGUAGUGAGGUUUACGAGUUUGCAGUGAAAGAGAUGCUGAUUCACCGUGUUCCGCUGGAGGAUGGUGGGAUCUCACCUCAGAAGAAAAAAAGAAAGCACAGAUUAUGGGCAAAGAUACAGCUGAAGAAAGACAACUCAUCCAAUCAAGUGUACAAUUAUCAGCCAUGUGACCACCCUGAGCACCCAUGUGAUAGCUCCUGCUCAUGUGUGAUGACACAAAACUUUUGUGAGAAAUUCUGCCAGUGUAAUCAAGAAUGUCAGAAUCGGUUUCCUGGCUGUCGUUGCAAGACUCAGUGUAACACCAAGCAGUGUCCGUGUUACCUGGCGGUGCGGGAGUGUGACCCUGACCUCUGCAUGACCUGUGGGGCCGCAGACCACUGGGAAAGCAAACAGGUCUCCUGUAAGAACUGCAGCAUUCAGAGAGGACUCAAGAAGCACCUGCUCCUGGCCCCCUCUGAUGUUGCAGGGUGGGGUACAUUUAUCAAAGAGCCAGUCCAGAAGAACGAGUUCAUCUCUGAGUACUGUGGAGAGCUUAUUUCCCAGGACGAAGCAGACAGGAGGGGCAGAAUCUAUGACAAGUACAUGUCCAGUUUUCUGUUCAACUUGAACAAUGACUUCGUAGUGGAUGCCACUCGAAAAGGGAAUAAAAUACGAUUCGCCAACCACUCUGUCAACCCCAAUUGUUACGCAAAAGUUGUCAUGGUUAAUGGUGAUCACCGCAUUGGAAUCUUUGCCAAGCGAGCUAUACAGCGAGGAGAAGAGCUCUUUUUUGACUACAGAUACAGUCAAGCGGAUGCAUUGAAGUAUGUGGGUAUUGAGAGGGAAAUCGACAUUGUGUAGACACGCUUUCCUUGAGUGUGUCCUCACUUACCUGGUAACAUUUUUGCCCACCCACAAUGCUUUGCACUUCACUGACAUUACAGAUUGAUUUGAUGAUGCAGUCAGAUGGUGAUGUCUCUACCUUUACCUGUGGUUUAAUUGACUUGUCUGAACAAGCGUUUUUGUUUACUUCUUUAAUAUAAGAUAACGUUUGUGAUGACCAAAAGAAACCAAAAGGUGUCCUCAGAUUUACAAAUACACUCCUCCACAUUUGCACUAUAUGGCCAAUAACACAGGAUAUUGAUAGACGACACCAUUUUCUCUAUCAUGGAAGGAAAAAUGUCAGUUCAGACACCUGUCAUGAAGUUUUUCUUUUUUUAUCCCAUCUCUCCAUUCAUAAGGCUCUGUAAACAGCUUUUGAAAUAGCUAUAACCUCUAUAUGCUCAAUAUAUACUGUAACUGCAAACUGAAUGCGUCAAACCUAGCCGUCGUUGUUGUUUCUGGUCAAAAUAUUCUGUUGUGCAAAACAUCAAGCAAUAUUUCAUAGUUACAUUUGCACUUAUAGUCAGUCAGGUCAGUAUCUUCUCUCUGUAGAACAAAUUUCAGUAAACUGAAACCUGGUGUCAUUUGAUGUUAGCCUGUUACUGUAAUGUGCACACCUCUGCUAUCUAUCUAUCUAUCUAUCUAUCUAUCUAUCUAUCUAUCUAUCUAUCUAUCUAUCUAUCUAUCUAUCUAUCUAUCUAUCUAUCUAUCUAUCUAUUUAUCUAUCUAUCUAUCUAUCUAUCUAUCUAUCUAUCUCUCUUCAUCAGCUGUAAGCUGCUUGCUAUAUUGCACAAAGCUGGCUCAUGUUGUCAGAGAUUAGCAUUCUAGCUAACAUAGCACUAAGGCAGUUAAUCUUCAUCUCUGCUUAAACUGUAUGAGGUCAAGUAUUGUUAAUGUUCUGUAGAAAUAAACAAAACAAGCAACCAUAUAAACCGACAGACUGAAUGUGAACUUUGAGCUAAAGAGUGACUUAAAGGACAUUGUUUAGCAGGCUAUUUUUAAGAGUGAACAAAAGAGUGUACAAAAUAGGCCUAACAAGAGUUAGGGUUUGGGUUUCACUGUCAUAUGUUACAUUUUAUGUAAAAUAAAGAACUAAACCAAA